AUGGAGUCCACCGAGGAUCAGUGUCAAGGUCUCCGUGACCCGGGCUUUGUGAACCUUGUGGUCUCCAUCAUUAUCGUCGUCGGCCUCCUGAUCUCAUACCUUCCCCAGCAUUAUCGCAUCAUCUCCCGAGGCACCUCUGAGGGCAUCUCACCCUAUUUUGUCCUGCUUGGUACAACCUCGGCAACUGCGGGAUUCGCCAACAUCCUCACACUGCCCCAGAGCAUUCAGGAUGCCGGAUGCUGCAAAGAGCUCGAGACCUUCCAGUGUGUAGCCGGCGUCUUGGGUAUCGUGCAACUCGGCGUGCAGUGGCUCUGCUUCGCCUUCAUAUUCGUGCUUUUCCUUGUCUUCUUCCGCUUCGCAGAUGCCAGCGUCCCCCAGGAAGAGCUUGAAGAUGCCGAGGAGGAGCCCAACUGGCAGACUGCGGUCAUGGUCGCUACUGUCGUCCUCGUCCACAUGCUGAUCACCAUAGUCCUGACUGCCAUCUUCGCCCUCGCUCUGCCUACGCAUCUCAAGAGCUGGGCUGUGUUCAAUGGGGUCCUGGCCGCGGGCCUCGCUGCUAUUCAGUACAUCCCACAGAUCACCAUGACAUAUCACCUAAAGCAUGUCGGAAGCUUGAGCAUUCCCAUGAUGUGCAUCCAGACCCCUGGCGGCCUCCUCUUCGCUGCGAGUUUGGCAGCGAGGCUGGGCUGGGCUGGUUGGAGCACGUGGGGCAUAUUCCUGUUGACAGCCAUCAUGCAAGGAAUCUUGCUCUGCAUGGCAUUGUACUACAUCUUCUCCGAAGGAUCGGGUGACGAGACUGCGAGGCCCGGCUUCCGUCGCUCUCAUUCUCGCGUAUAUGCUAACGGCUUGGACGAGAAUACGGCGACCACGUACUCGGGACACCCAGAGCAGUACGCCACCUCCAACGACCAGCUGGGCGACAUCAUUGAUCGUCAAGAGAGCGAGGCCGCGGCUGAGAGGCAGCCAUUGCUCAAACCUGGAGGCAUCGGAAGUGGCUGA